AUGUAUUUUUAUUUUAUACAAUUUAUUUCUUUUUAUUUUUUUAUUUUAUUUUCCACAUUUAUUAUCACAGUUCUUUUGUUUUGCCGGGCCUCCAUUUUUUUUUCUUUUUCUUUUUCUUUUUUUUUUUUUUUUUUGGUGUGGGAUUUUUCGUCCGUUUCCUGUGUUGCUUUUUUUUCUCUCUUUUCAUUUCUUUUUUCUCUCCCUUUUCUUUCCCCUUUAACCAUCAGACCCCACCACACCCAUUUCCAGACCUAUUUUUUUGACAUUCUUUAUUACGUCCGGCUGUUCCCUGUCCGCCUCUCAGUCACUCUUCUCUUGUUCUAUCCUCCCCAACCUUUGUUCCUCUUUCCCCUGCUCUCAUUCCUCUAUCUCUCGGCGCUGUCUACUCAUGACAUUCCAAUCAUCUCUGCAACCAUCUUUUCGACAUUCGUCCGGACGUCUUUCUACAUGUUUUUUCUUCAUCUUUUUUCUAACUCCUCUGUCCCUUUUUUUUUUAAGGCCUUGAUGAUGGUGGGGGUUAGAAGUGCCCCCCACUCCCACCGCCCGAGAAAAAAAAAUCGUUCAGUAUACCCAUUCACCCCUUUUACACGCCCUCAACCCUCUCACGUUGGUCUGGCUGAUCGGACGUCUGCUCGGACAUCGGCUGAAGGAGAGCGAAUGACUUAG